CAAUUUUCAAACGUGGUUUGUUGGAAGCCAGCGGAGAACGGUAGACGUUGCUUGUGAACUGUGAACUGUGUAGCCGUAGCCUGAGCCGGAAAAUAUUGUGAACAGAACUAAGAUACAACUGGCAAGCGAUUCGAUGGAGGACCAAAGCAACGCAGCUCCCGCUGUCGCCGCGGAGAACGGCGCAAACACCGCGCAGGAGGUGUCUUCGACAACUCAGCCCAUAGAGCCCACAAAGCGCUCGCUGCGCGUGCAGACCUGGAAAAAGAUCCAAGAGGGCAAGGUUGGCAUUGGGUUCAACAACAUAUUCAACCGAAUUCCUUCGUUCGUGGGUGCCGAUAAGGCUGCUGCCUUGUUUGUCAACGAGGAUGAAUUUAAGAAAGCACAGCACAUCAAGGUAAACAUCGAUCGCGCUUUGCAUGGGUUUAAGGAACUGGCGUUGCUGGCCGACAAGUCUGUUUACUUGCCCAGCACCCGUGAAUCUUCUGCACUGUGCCUAAAGGUAGAUGUGCCGGCCGAUGCCACCGAGGAGCAGAAAAAGGAGGCUCUACGCGUUCAGGAUAUUCAGAAGUUCCGCUCGGAAAUUGGACUGGACAGCGGCCUGAAGCUGGACAUCGUGGUAAUUGGCUCUGUCGUAGUGUCACGCGAGGGCUACCGCAUUGGACGCGGAAAUGGAUUCGCUGAUCUGGAUAUCGGCCUUCUUAUUGAAUUGGGAGCCAUUACACCGAAGACUGUUAUUGUCACAAUUGUUCACGACAUCCAGGUGGUCGACUCACUACCCCCGAAUCUAUUCCAGAAGUACGAUACGCCAGUUGACAUCAUUGCAACGCCCUCGGAAAUAAUCCGCGUUUCAAAACGCUUGUCUUUUCCUAAUGGGAUUUACUGGGAGCUUCUGUCCGAGCGCCGUCUUAAAAUAUGGCCCGUGCUUCAGCAGCUUAAGGAAAGGGAGGAGAAAGCGGGAAAGUCGAUAUCCCUUAAGGAGGAAGACACCGAUGUGGAGCAGCAUCAAAACAACAGACGCCGACGUGGGCCUGUCCGUCGUCGCUUCCAGCGAGGAAACCCAGGGCGCACCACUUCUCAGACUGACAACGAACAGCCGCAGGGCGAGACCACUCAGAAACGCACUCCACGCCGGAAAGGUCGUUUCGUCAAUCGACGCAGACGUACAACUAAGUCUGAGGGUGAUCAGUCUGGUGUUGAAGGAGGUGCUAAGAGUGAGGAUCGUAAGUUAGAAGAGGCUGGCGCUGAUGAGCGUCGUCCAAAGAAGAACAAGAAUCGUGGACCUAGUGAUUUUUGCAUUAAGUUGACCAAUUUGUCUCGUGAUAUUCGUGUGAAGGACUUAAAGUCGGAGCUCCGCAAACGUGAAUGCAAUCCAAUGUCAAUUACUUGGAAGGGACACUUUGGAAAGUGUUUCCUGCACUUUGGAAACCGAAAAGGAGUUCCCAGUACUCAGGACGACGUGGAAAAGGUGUUGAAGUCCCUUAACGAUCUCUCGCUUACCAUUACCACUGGUGGCGAGAUAGCUCCAGCUGGCGCAACAGGAGAUUCCGUUGAGAAAACGGAGCCAGCUGAGUCUGCAACGCCUGUGCAGACUAGGACUAUUCUCGUCAACGUGGAGCUGAUCAAUUUUGGAGCGAAGAAAAGUGUAAGCUCUCCUGGUGCCAAUGCCAGUGCAGGUGAGGACGGAAAACCAGAUGCACAAAACGUAGGAGAGGCCGGAACUUUGGUAGGAGGCGAUGUGGGUGGUGCGCGCAUCGAGGCUGUCGACACCACUACAGUAUAGUAUGACUUUGCGCUUGGCGCAGCCAAUGAACGGUCGCGGCGGAAUUCCGCCGGCAGCGCAACGUUUGGAGUUCAACGAAAAAAAGUAACAUUUUGUUUAGAAAAAAUCAGAAAACACCAAACAAAAAACUAUUAGAAAGCGAACUCCGGACAAACACAAAGUACACUCAACAUACACACAGACAGUUACACUACACGUGCAUACCCUGAAGAUCAUGUCUUGCAGCUUGUAGUUUCUUCUUCUCCUUCAUUAUUCUAACAAUCAAAAAGAUCACACGCCACUUUUUCUAACGAGAACACAAAUCAUUGACGCUUUUUCUAAACAAUUGCAUUUGUUUUUUGUCUAAGAAAAUUGAUACGAUUGCAGAAAUACUCGUUCCACAAAUGCAAAGUGGAACCACAUUUCUACUAAAUAAUCCUUUUACUAACUUCUUGUGACUUGUUACAAUUAUGAGUUAGAGAUCUUCUAAAAAUUUGUUAAUUUGAUUUUACAACUCAGCACUAAAUUCGUUUUGCUGUAUCUCUGUUAAGCAGUUGACCUGCUAGUAAUAUGGUUUGAAGUUGAGUGCGAAGAUGAAAGAAAUGUUCUAUAAUGUAAUACUAAUAGGAAUGAGAACUAAUAAAUGAGAAAUACCGCGAGUAAGAAAAAAUGAA